GAUAGGGGAUAUUAUGUCAGAAUUCCCGCGGGGACCCCCACAGUCCAGGCCCAGACGGCGCUAAGGCCUGGCCUGACCCCCUGCUGGUGCGGCUGGGGGGGCCCCCUUCUCCUUAUUCCAGGAUAGCGUCCCCGGGACCACGACCCGCCGGGUCCCUAGUGACGUCACGAAGGAGGCGUGGCCUCAGGGCUGCGGGCAGGGUCCGAUCCAGGGGGCGUGGCCCGCGCAGCCCCAGGCCCCGCCCCUAAAGUCAAGGAGACCGGAAGUCCUCCCGCCUCCGGCCGCCUCCGUACUCCCUCAGUCCCACCCCUCAGUUCCGCGCACAAGGUCGCGUCCCGGAAGUGAAGGGGCCAUGUUGCUGGGUGACCCGGGGAGAAGUACCGGGCGAGAGGCGCGUCCCGAGGAGUCGUAGCGCGGCCCGCGGCUUGACGCCCAGCACCUGCCAGUCCCCCAUGGCCCCGUGGAGCCGAGAGGCGGUGUUGAGUCUCUACCGGGCUCUGCUGCGCCAGGGCCGAGAGCUUCGCUACACUGACCGGGACUUCUAUCUUGCCUCCAUCCGCCGUGAGUUCCGGAAAAAUCAGAAGCUAGAGGAUCCUGAGGCCCGGGAGAGGCAGCUGGAAAAGGGCCUGGUCUUCCUCCAGCGCAAACUGGGGGGCCUUAUUUAAGACCCUCUCCUGUCCUCUUCCAUCCUAAUUCCCA